AUGGCUGUCCGAAGCACCGCCGAGGAAAUGGAGCGACUCCAGCUCGAAGACGAAGACACAGAGGACCUCUGGAACUCUCCGUCAAAGCGAGCAGCUCACAAAUCCUUCAAACCACGACCAUCUAAUGAUAUACCUUCACCGGAGAUGCGACAAUCCCACGAUGGGGGCGACACUCUUUUUGAUAGCCAGGAGGCCCGCGAAGCAGCCUUAAAGCACGAGCUACACACCGUGCGAAACAUCAACGAGGCUAUUGAAGGCCUGUUGGCCAGUAUUGACAAGGCCAUGGGCAACAUGGAGACCGUAUCGAAAACAGUCGCAUCUGCAUCAACACUUCUAAAUACUUGGACCAGAAUUCUAUCACAGACCGAGCAUAACCAGCGCCUCAUCCUCAAUCCCAACUGGCAGGGUGCCACCCAAGAUGUGGCCGAUAUGGAGAAUGAAGCGAUCCAGAGACAGCAAGCGGCUGAACGGCGGGAACAAGCACUCCAGCAGCAGCGGGAGGCAGCACUGCGUAAAGCGGAAGAAGAGGAGAGGCGACGGAUCGCCACUGGUCGUGGAGGCCGCGGAACUACUCGAGGCAUGGUACGCAGUACUGGACUGGGGAGGACGCCCAGUGUGAGCACCAGCCGCACAGCAGCUACGAGGGGGGCUUCCACAACAGCUACGCGGCCACCGGCCAGUGGGAUUGCAAGUGGGAUUGCCCGAGGAAGUGGAAUUGCGCGUGGCCGGGGCAAGGCCUAG